UUAAUAGUCAAUUGUCAUUUUAAGUUUUCGGAUUUUAUAAUUUCUGAAGAAUAUCAGUAAAGUGGAUUACUUAUUAGCUAUUUAGUAAUCCACAUACAUCGUUACAACAAAAUAUAAUCAAUGAUGAUAUCAGAUUGAUUAACACUGCCAUAUAUAAGUAGAAAGUGUUUCAACGUUUAUUGUGUAAAUUUUAACAAUGUCGCGACUGGACAAUAUGGAAGCAUUAGAGAAACAAUUAGCCGAAUUACAAAUGACUAAGGAAUUGCAUUCUGGACGUAUAAAGAAAGUGCCACCAGCUGUGCCUCCAAAGAAAAAGGGUCAACCUCAAGUUCCGCACAGUGCCUCGGUCAAUAGUUAUUGUGAGCCAUCGUUCUCCUUAAACAUUUCUUUAAACAGCAAUGUCCCUCUGCCACCACCACCACCGCCGCCGCCGCCAUCAUAUAACGUAAUGCGACAUGCCAGCAGUAUUCACAUGCCACAUACAGAUUAUGCCAAUCUAACACCGCUUACUUUACCUAAUGUUUCGUUCAAAAAUAAUGUUCCUUUGCCCUCAAAUGUUUACAAUCCAACUUAUAGUAAUACACCACCAUAUCAAAGUGCAAAUCCUCCUCCACCUCCACCACCCCCACCUGUUCAUUUAACUCCACCUAAAAGAUUUGAUCCUAAUCACAAUGAGGAAUAUUUGCCCCCGCCAUCACCAGUCAGUUCUAAUUACAGUGAAUUGGCUAGAGCUACAGCUAACAUCAAUUUUAAUCAAGAAAGGCAAUAUCCUCAUAUUUAUCAAAAUGAGUAUCCUGAAUAUAAUGCAUCUCAAGCUUCCACCUAUGAGUCACUGUAUGAGCCGAUAAGUACAUUAAGUAGUAAGCCAGCCAUUAAUGAGUCAAACUUCAAGCACAAUGUAGGUGGAGGAAAAUCACCCCUACCAAAGGAGGAAGAAGUUGAUGCUUUAACUGAUCUUCUCGUCCAAUCCAUAUCUGACAGCCAAGAUUUGGAUGUAUUUGGAACAUGCGUUAAAUGCAAUCAGAGGGUUGUUGGGGAAAGUUCAGGUUGUAAAGCUAUGGGUAAUAUGUACCAUGUUGAAUGUUUCUGUUGUGAACGCUGCAAUACAAAUUUGCAGGGAAAGCCAUUUUAUGCAGUUGAAGGUCAACCUUUUUGCGAAACUGACUAUUAUCAAACAUUAGAGAAGUGUUCUGUUUGUGAUGAGCCUAUAUUGGAUAGGAUACUUAGAGCAACUGGAAAACCAUAUCAUCCUACUUGCUUCACCUGUGUGGUUUGUCAGAAAAGACUUGAUGGUAUACCAUUCACUGUAGAUGCUAUGAAUCAAAUUCAUUGCAUUGAAGAUUUUCAUAAGAAAUUUGCUCCUCGUUGUUGUGUCUGCGAGCAACCAAUUAUGCCUGACAAAGGUGAAGAAGAAACUGUUCGUGUAGUGGCGCUGGAUCGUAAUUUUCAUGUUGUCUGUUACAAUUGUGAAGAUUGUGGUCUUCGUUUAUCUUCGGAAGCUGAAGGCAGAGGUUGCUACCCUUUAGAUGGUCAUAUUUUAUGCAAAGCAUGUAAUGCUCACAGAAUCCGUCUUCUAACUAAUGUUAUGACAACUGAUUUAUAAAUUUUUAUUUACAUACAAUGCGAGUGUCUAUUGUAGGUGAAAAUUACUUAGAAUAAGGAAAAUUAAUAAUUGUCAUUCUUUGCCAACAUUGUAAACUAAGGCAGCUAAGAUGGCUUAGUCAUAAUUUAUUUGAUUUUAUUAACUAUACAUAUUUUUAAUAUGAUACAUUUUGUAUCUAUUUUUUAUAUGAACAAUAUUGGAAAUUGUAUGUGAUAGAUAAGAAAAGUGCCAAAAUUGUGAAAGCAUUUAAAAUUUUUGAUAAGUAUAUAUUUUUAUAUAACAUAUUAGCAACUAUUUUUGUGCUUUACCUAAGCCAUAGGUAUUUUUGCAAUCAAUAUAAGAUUUUGAUUAAA